AUGAACGGCCUCCAAUCCCUACCACAAUGGCAAACCUUCAUGGAUAACCCAGAAGGAAUAAAACUCGGCUUCAUAAACGCCCUCCAAAACAUAGGCAGCAUAGUCUUCCUCCCCAUCCAAGCGUGGUCCGCCAACCGCUUCGGCCGCAAACCCACAAUCCUAGUCGGAUACAUCUUCAUCAUCCUCGGCGCGGGGCUCCAAGCUGCCGCCCAAAACCCCAAUACAUUCAUCUACUCCCGCCUUCUGAUCGGUAUCGCUAGCGCCUGGUUUCAGUGCGCUGUCGUCCUCGUCACGGAAAUAGCGUACCCGUCGCAUCGCUCACUCGUCACUGCCAUCUACAUGUGCCAGUACUACGCCGGGUCCUUGCUGUCAGCGUGGGUUUCUUUCGGGAUGAGGAAUGUGCAGAGUAGCUGGGCGUGGCGUUUGCCUGUGCUUAUGCAGAUUGUGUUCCCGAUUCUUGCCUUACCUGGCACCUUGUUUGUGCCCGAAUCCCCACGCUGGCUGCUUAGUUGCGGGCGGGUCGGGGAGGCGAGGAGUAUGUUGGUUAGGUUCCAUGCUGGUGGGGAUGCGGAUUCGCAGUUGGUGGCUUUUGAGAUUGAGGAGAUUAGCAAGGGUCUGGCGGCAGAGCGGAAGGCUCGACCAGAGGCGCGCUGGAUCGAUUGUGUUAGGACUCCAGGGAAUCGGUAUCGGCUUUUCCUGAGUGUUUCAUUGGGUAUUUUUGCUCAGUGGAAUGGAGGUGGUGUGGUGUCAUACUACCUAACUCUCAUCCUCGAUACAAUCGGUAUAACCUCGACAACAGACCAGACCCUCAUAAACGGCUUCCUCCAACUCUGGAACCUGAUAAUGAGUGUGGUAGGCGCGUGUCUUGUCGACCGCGCUGGCCGUCGGAUGCUCUUCAUCACAUCGACUGUGAUAAUGCUGUUCAGCUAUAUCUUCAUCACUGCGUUAUCAGGCAGCUUCACGACAACGGGUACCAGUGCUGUCGGAACAGCUGUAAUCCCCUUCUUGUUCAUCUACUAUGCGGGCUACGAUAUCGCUUUCACGCCGCUGCUUCUGGCGUACCCGGCUGAGAUAUGGACGACCUCGCUGCGUGCUAAGGGUGUUGCUAUUGCCGUGAUCUCAAAUUAUAUAGCGCUGGUAUUUAACCAGCUUAUUAACCCGAUUGCGUUUGAAAGGAUUUCUUGGAAAUAUUAUUUUGUGUUUUUGGUCGUGCUGAUUGUUGUUUUGGUUGUUGUUUGGAAGGCUUAUCCUGAGACCAGGGGGAGGUCACUUGAAGAUAUUGCUUCUAUUUUUGAUGGGGAGGAGGCGCAUGUUACUGGCGGUGAUACUAAGGUGACAGCAGAGUCCGAGCAUAAUGGGAUAAUUGAACAUCGAUCAUGA